CCAUGCAUGCAUGUAAAUGCAUGAUGUGAAAGUGGUGGUGCCCAUGUUAAAAAGAGGAAGACAUGAUUCUCCUCCACUGAGAGCAAUGUCCAAACCAGGAAGAAACCACAGAAGCCCACAAAUCCAUUCAUAUUAUUAUUAUUAUUGUUAUUCUAUUUUAUUUUAUUUUUAUUUUUUUGCUCUCAGAGAAAAGAUACAGAGCAUAUAAUAAAGAAGAAAAAUAGUAAACAAAUAAAACAUCAUCAUCUUUGUUGCUUUAUUUAUGCCUGCUUCUCUCCUUUCUGACCUGACAAGUCCAAAAAUCUGUUACCAAGCACACUUCCCAUAAUUAAACAUCACCGCCCAUAACUCUUCACACCAUUCCAAAACCCCUUUGCCUCUCUCUCUCUUUCUCUCUCUCUCUCUCUAUUUCUUAUCAUCAUCAACUGAAAUGUAUUGACUGUCUGUUUCUCUCUCGAAGAAGUGAUGGUUGUUUCACAAAGCCCAUUGUUCUCAACGUCAUGCUACCAGAACAAAGCUUCAUCAUUUAAAAUGCUGAGGGCCACAAUGUUUUUGGAAUCUGAAUGAUGUGGGUUUCUCAGAUCAUGAAUUUCUUCUGCAGGUCAUUUCCAAGAAGACCUUGGAGACGCAUUUAAGAAACCUUGUGAAGGAUAACAAACAGAAAGGCAAACUGGUUCUUUAUAGAUGCAGCCGAUGGAACACCAAUAAGCCUUACAGCCCAUCCCUUGAAAAAAAAACCAUAUUAUUUAGGUUAGCAUUGCUUUCCUACUAACCCAAAGCCCAUAUGUUCAUACCCAUUACCAUGCAUGAAAAAGUCAUCCAAGAAGCCCAAGGAAAAAACAUUUACGUGACAUCCAUACCUUAAUCGAUCAAGCCAACAAACAAAAGAAAAACCGACUGCCCUUUAAAACUAUAAUGAAAAGCCCUCACAUCCAACCCGAGACCGAGAUCUCAUCAUCCGAAGGAUCAGUGGUCAGCAGCCAGGUGGCAUCAAAUGUAACAACACAGGAGGCCUCAACAAGGUCCCCCCAAGAUACAUUCUCUCUAGACCUGACGACCUCCCCCUACAACUCCCUCGCUGUCGGCCACACCUCUCUCUCUCUCGACCUCACUCUAAGCCACCCCGAACCCGCUCGUGGCUCUGGGUCAGUACCAAGCACUGGAGAGAGCAGCACAGAGGUCCACUUCUCAAACCCACAUCUAGGGUCUGGUUCCGGGACUGGGUCUGGGUCUGGGUCUGAGCCCAGAGUCUUCUCAUGCAACUAUUGCAGGCGAAGGUUCCUAAGCUCUCAAGCACUAGGAGGUCACCAAAAUGCACAUAAGAGAGAGAGGACUCUAGCCAAGCGGGCUCAACGCAUGGGCUCGCUUCCGGCUAGGCUCGCAAGUCUUGCAGCCUUGCCUCUAAGGGGGCUCGGGCUCAAAGCCCAUGGGCUCGCUCAUGGUGCACCGGCCAUGGGUGUGGGUGUGGCACCUAGAUUUGAAUGCAGGCUUCCAGUGUAUGGUGAGGAAGAUGGAGUGGGCUUUUGGUGGCCUGGUAGCUUCAGACCGGGCCUUGGGCCUUCCAGCUCAGGCCUUGGACCCACAACCUCGGGCCUUGGGCCCAUGAGUUCGGGCCCAGAGGCAGUUAUUUUGGUGCCUCAUGAGGAAGAUUCAUCAAAGCCUGAUCUUACACUUCGACUAUGAGAUGAGAUUUACUUUCUUUUCUUUCUUGCUUUUGUAAUGAAAAAUGCCCCAGUUUUUGGGGUGAUGCGCAAAACCCCCUCCCAGUAAAAUGACCAUUAAGUGCCCUCGGUUGCCGGUCAUUGUAGAUUGGUCAGUUGUGUGGUGCCUGAGACAGGAAGCUGGGCUUGCUCGGCAUAGGCUACACAUCAAAGCACACUUUAAGGGCUUUGGAAUGAGGAAAGCACUCGAAAGGCCAUGUUAUUGUAAAUUUUGUUUUUAUUUUAACAAAUGACAUUGAUCAAA